AACAAAAAAAAAAAAAAAGCCUUCUCAACCCUAGCUAUAGAUAAAGCCUAAACACGGUAGUACUAUCAAUAUUGCAAUAUUAACAUUCCACAAAGAGCAAUAUUUUCAACUUCAAUUAGGUUUUCUUUUAUUGUUUUUGUCUUUUGAAAUUUGGGUUUUGGACAAAGAGGUUUCAUUGUGCCUAUGGGAUUUGUAGCGUAUCUUGUCAGUGUUCCUCGGGAUCAGCAUCAUCAGAAAUCAGCUGAGCAGUUGUAAUACUACUGCAGCACUAGCAGGUAAAUUUUCAGAUCUUUUAAAGUAUCUGUUCCUACAUAUUAUUGAGAAGUAAAUUAUCUGAAUCUGAAUAUACAUCGGAAUCAUCUUCAGCACCAAAAAGACUAUGCAGAGUGAUUUAUAUCUAUAAUGAAGAGAGCAACGGGAGGAGGAGAGAUAGUGCAAGUUGAAGGCGGUCAUAUUCUCCGGUCCACUGGCCAAAAAGACCGCCACAGCAAAGUUUAUACCGCGAAAGGGCCAAGGGAUCGAAGGGUCCGUUUAUCUGCUCACACUGCUAUUCAAUUUUAUGACGUGCAGGACAGGUUGGGUUAUGACCGGCCUAGUAAGGCGGUUGAUUGGCUCAUCAAAAAGGCGAAAGAUGCUAUUGACAAGUUAGAUGAGUUGCCUCCUUGGAACCCCACUAAUCAUGAUCCAAGUACUACCGAAGCUGAUACUGCCGCGUUGGAACAACAGCCGGAGUAUCAGCUUCAAAGGGAACUAGAAAAAAACGACCCGAGUCAGGUUAAUUCUUCUAAUUCGUACAUGAUGCAAGCGCCUUCAAGUGGAGAAGCACAACAAUCACUUGGGGAUACUAUGAAAUCUUUUUUCCCUAUGAAUUCGGGGACUUCGUUAAUGAAUUUCCAAAACUACCCACAUGAGAUAAUUCCAAGAUCUUCGAUACAAAACGAAGAUCUUGGCUUAUCUCUUCACACUACUUUUCAUAGGGCUUCUUCAAGUCAUGAUGACCAAUCUGCCCUUUUCUCGAAUCAAAAUUUUGAAGCAAAUUAUCCAAGAAUGGUAGCUGGUUGGAAUAUAUUACCACAUCAUCAUCAGCAAGCAUUUUUCACUCAAAGUAGUGCUGCAUUUCCUCAAAGGGAACCCCUUCAGUCCAAUUUUUCACACUUGAUUAAUCAUCAAGCUAGUUGGGAAGAGAGGCCGUUAAUGAAUGGACUAGUUCAUCAGGCUGAAAUUUCAAAUAAUAGCAGACAUUUCACUACACAUUUUCAAGUUCCAGCUAGGAUCCAUGGUGAACAUCAUGAGGACCCUUCCUCUGCUUCUCCCAACUCUCACCAUUGAUUAAUGGUUAAUUAAAAGGUCAAUUGAGUAAGUAGUCAUCUCCGAAGAUCAAAUGUGCAUUAUUUGAUAGAGCGCUGGAACAUGGUCAGAGUAAUUUCAAAGAUGUAACUGUAUUUCUUAUCUUAAAUUUUGUGGAUUUUGUCUAUUAAGUUACGGUGCUGAAGCCUUGUUUGGAUUGCAUAUCUUCCACCUAUUUUGUUUGAAUUGGUUGAGUGAUAUUAUUGGAUACUUAAAAAUCUUAUAGUUGACUCAGUUCUUGAGCUCCAACUUGAUUAAUAUUUUUCCUCUUAUAUCUUAGAACUAUUCUCCUA